AUGAAAACAGUAGCGACAGCAGCUGCCGUGGCGCUGCUGGUGGCGCUGGCGUCGUCGCCAACGGACGCGCAGAGGCUGCCGGGAGAGAGUUUGCCUCGCUCCUACAAGGUCACGUUCGCGCCUAACCUCAACGAGGGGGAACAACCGUUCAGAUUUUACGGCUCUACCUUCAUAGAGGUGGAAGUUGUGCGCGACACGCCCACACUCACGAUGCACGCAGACGUCGACAUAGUGACUGUGUCCGUCAUGUUGACCAAUGGUACCCUCAUCGGCGCCAGUCACGAACCGCUGCAGGACGGCAGCAACUUCCUCGUCAUCACCCUCCAAGAGCAGGUUUUUGCCGGUGACCGAUUGACUGUGGCCCUCGAAUUCGUUGGUGAUGUUCGUGAGCGGUACAACGGCUUCUACCGCAGCUCGUACGAGCAAGAUGGAGAGACCAGGUGGCUGGGAGUGACGCAGUUCGAGCGGAGGGGGGCGCGAAAGGCCAUGCCAUGUUACGACGAGCCGGCCAUCAAGGCAACCUGGGAGUUUACCUUCCGCCCACAGCAAGGUUACAACGUGCUUUUCAACACUCCACUGAUCAGCGCCACUGACGACGAAGAUGGAAGGCGCACCCUGACCUUCGAGCAGACGCCGGUGAUGAGCGCCUUCCUGCUAGCUUGGGUCGUGUCCGACUUCGUAGGCGUGCAGUCGCCGCUGGAGUCCAACACGACUGUCUGGACGAGCAGGGACACGGCGGCACAGGCAGAAUACGCCAGUGUGAUGGGGCCACGCACCGUCCGCUCCAUGGAGCAGCUAGUGCGUGUUCCGUACAACCACGGCAACCUCACCAAGAUGGACCACGUCGCUGUGCCGGACACAUUCGUUGCCGCCAUGGAGAACUGGGGGCUGAUCACUUACAAUCAGCAGUUCCUGCUGGCCCUGGACAACUACACCUCGGAGGCGACUAAGGAACGGGUGCUGACCUCCAUCCAGCACGAGGUGGCUCAUCAGUGGUUCGGUGACCUGGUCAGCCCCAACUGGUGGUCCGUGCUUUGGCUUAGUGAAGGUUUAGCCACGUUCUUCGAAAGCUUUGCUUCUGCACUCUUGGAGCCCACGUGGCGAAUCGAUGAAGCGUUCGUGGUUUCAACCUUGCUUAGGCAAGCGAUUGCCUACGAUGAAGAUCCUUCUGCAGCACCCAUCACCAGCGAGGAUGCUGGCAUCAACAUCUAUUAUAAAGACACAAAUACGGACCUUACGUGCAUAAACGACACUACUGCUCACAGCCAGUUCAGCAACGCCACGGAUGACAUCCUAUUUGCGGCGAUGGACGCGGUGGCGUCCUCGUCGGACCUGCCUUCCGACGCGACUGUGUCAUCAGUGAUGCUGCCGUGGGCGCGGCAGGCCGGCUUCCCCCUCAUCACCGUCACCAGGAACUACUCGGACGGCUCCGCUGUCGUCACGCAGACAAACACAAUAAACAUCACUGGUGUACAGUAG